GGGGUUACUGCUGCUGCCAAGAGGUUUGGUUACUGCGGAGGCGCUGCUGGUCCGGGGCGCACAACAGCGGAGAGCAGCCCCGGCAUGGUACGGUGCCGAGAGCAGCGGUGAACCUCUUGUCGGGCGAGCUUUUGCUUGUUCGUUCGGUCGGUUGUCUCACAGCCUUUAAGGAGAUAGUUUAUCUCGAAACUACUUUGGAUUAUCGUAGUUGAAGACAUUGCGAUCAGCAACCUUUGGAAAUAACAUCUUUCAGUGCAAACAUCUGCAUUUUCCUUUUACUUCGAGUCUGAGAUGGGUAACGGACUUUCAGAUCAAACUCCCAUUUUAUCAAACUUUCCAUCUUUUCAAUCUCUGCACAUUGUUAUUCUGGGUUUAGAUUGUGCUGGAAAGACCACUGUUUUGUACAGAUUGCAGUUCAAUGAAUUUGUCAAUACUGUUCCAACAAAAGGAUUUAAUUCAGAAAAAAUCAAAGUGACAUUGGGUAACUCCAAACCAGUGAGCUUUCAUUUUUGGGAUGUAGGUGGACAGGAGAAACUGAGACCACUCUGGAAAUCCUACACUCGCUGUACAGAUGGCAUCAUCUUUGUGGUGGACUCUGUAGAUAUGGAAAGGAUGGAAGAAGCCAAAACUGAACUGCAUAAAAUAUCCAGGAUCUCUGAGAACCAAGGAGUGCCUGUACUUUUGAUUGCCAACAAACAGGAUCUCAGGAACUGCCUCUCUCUCUCUGAAGUGGAGAAACUGUUAGCGUUGAAUGAAUUAAGUUCCUCAACUCCAUGGCACCUACAACCAACCUGUGCUAUUAUAGGAGAUGGGCUUAAGGAAGGACUGGAAAAACUUUAUGAAAUGAUUGUCAAGAGGCGAAAGAUGUUGAAACAACAGAAAAAGAAGAGAUGAUUCUACAAAUGUUGAAGAUACAAAAAUGUUUUGUAUUUUUAAAAGCUGAGAUGUUUCUACACUGGUCAUUAUAUCUGUAGCCUUUUAACAAUGUUUAAGUUGAAAGUGAAAGGUUUUUGGAGAGCCAAGACUGGAUUUUCUUAGUGGGAUCACAGUUGAAAGUGGGUGUGAUGAACUAAGUAUGGAGACCAUUUAUACCAGCAUAAGACUGUCAGCAUAGUUUGCCUGACCAAAUUACAUUUAGAUCUGUAUUAUUUGUUCUGUGUUAAUUGGCCUUUCCAAUGGUCAAACAUGUUUGUGUGUAUGUGGGCUAUGUGUUUCCACUUUAGACAUAAAUGUCCAGGUACCUGCCACAGUACAAGGCUAUUUUUUAUAAGCCAACUGAACACUGAAAAUAUUUGUUUGUUGACCAUAUGGUUAUUGUUAUAUGAGGAAUAUUCACAAAACUUGUUGGGAGGAAAUGGCUGCUACAGAUUGUUAUUUUAAGUGUUUAACUGCUCUUUUUUGAAGUAAGAAAUUUAAGGAACAGGUUACUAAAUCUUGUUUUUGGAAGAAUAUUUAAAAUGAGCUACUACUGGUAUUAAAGAAAAGUCGAGCACAAAAGUGCUAUACCUACAUAAUUUGUAGUGUAAGGGUUGCUUACAAGUGCAUAUCGCAAUUGCGUGAACAUUAUACAAUGUCAUAACUGAAAGUCUUUGAGGAGGGAGGAGUUAAAAUCUGCAAUGAUGUUUAACUGACCUUGAACUUUGAGUACAGAAGAGUUUUUUUUAAUAAUGACGCAGGAACAUAGCAUUCGGUAGACAAAAAUGCUGGAGAAACUCAGCGGGUGAGGCAGCAUCUAUGGAGCGAAGGGAUAGGUGCUGUCUCACCCGCUGAGUUUCUCCAGCAUUUUUGUCCACCUUCGAUUUUUCCAGCAUUGCAAUUCUUUCUUCAACAGGAACAUACAAUUAGUCUGUUCUUGUUACAGAUAUACAAGUUGCCAUGAAGCCCUGAUUUCUAAACAGUGUUGCAUGGGGAGAUUGGAUUUUAUGCCAUUAUACAAGCUGUGACAUGAGAUGUGGAAUAAACAAAAAACUAUGUAGGUCUGCACAUGCUGACAACUGUAAAAUUUGCGUAAUGAAGCUGAUUGGGUCAGCUUUGACAUGAAUUCUUUUGAUGCCAUCUUUCUACGGGUUUUGUUGGAGAUUUAAUUUGCUUCAAUGAUUGCAAUAUUUCCUACAUAUUAGUACUGAUAUAAAAAACAAAACUACCCCCACAGUUAAAUGUGGCCAGCUGAGUCUUUAGUGAAGAGUUAGGAAAGGUCUGAAUGUGCAGCUUUUUGGGGCUGAGAGGGACGAUAACAACCAACCACACCUAGAUUUUGUCCUUUAAUAUAGGUGAAAAGUUUGCACAUAUUAGGCAAUUCCAGAAUGAGGGACCGUGGGGAAGCAGGAAGUUUCCCAAUUUGUUUGUAGCUAUAUUUUCCUUUGUAGCUUGCUGCUCUCCUUUGCAGAACUCUUUUCCAACAUGGGAGUUAUUGAAUAACUUGUUGAUUCUUUAUGUAAGGAUGCUAGGUGUAUAAUAUUUGUGGACCAUCUUUUAUUGUAUGACAUUUUUCAUAUUUAUAAAAUUUACACUUAGAAAUUAUUACUGAAAUUUGUAUGAAAAUAGAGUGGCACAGAUUUUAUAGAAACCAUGCAUGUUUAAAACGGUUCACUGUUGAUUUUCUUUUUUGACAAAGAAGGUCAGGGAUUAUUCUGAACUAAUGUUUUGAGCUUGCAGUGGAAGCUCUUCCUCUAAAGAAAACCAAGAAAAUCUGCCAGGUGGCUACAAUUAAUAAAUAUAUGCAAACCUAUUAUUUUUCAUUUAGAACCUUGGUUAAAGAAGAUUACCAAAAUACAACUUUACAUUUUCCUCUCUCUGUCACGGCCACAAAGGUUUAAAUUCUAUGAAAGUUUUUGAUAAAUAUGUAUUUGCUAUUUCCAAGAUUUUACCCACUCUAGAUUUCAAAAGUUUGGGGUUAGGUGGUGUGGCUGUUCAUGUGUAUAAAAGCACAGGGCAUUUUUUAUCACUGAAGUGUUCACGCAUUUGAAAGGAAAUCUGGGUGACAUAUCGAAUGCAGAGAAUAUCUGGCAUGGUAAAGUCUAUAAAUAGUUUGCACAAAACAUUUUGUUUAUUAGCAUCUCGUUUACUUCCAGUGUUUUCCAAAUUCAAAAAGGCAGGUCAGUUUAGAAUCAUUAUGUUCAUCAUUGCUAAACCUAUCUGUUGCAAGCAAAAUGUUUUGAAAAACUAAUGAAUUGAUGUGGCAAUGAAUUCUUGAAGCUAAGAUGUAAUUGUUAUUUAAAACAAACUGUCUGAUUUCAAUCUCCAAAGACCUUGCAUUGAGAUGGUAAAAGCUUUCUUUAAUGAUAUGAGGCUGUUUGAUAUUUUACUGUACCAAUUCUGUAAAUAUCUUGUUUGAUGUGCAGUGGCUUUAAGAAAUGCACUUUAGGUGUUCAUUAAAGAUCAACAGCUUUGUGUAACAUUUGUUUUUAUAACUGAAGGACUUUUAAUGGAUCUGUCUCUGGUUUAUGUGUUCACCAUCUGCAUUUAUGACACUUCCUGUCACUGGUUAGAAAAAAAUCUUUAUAUUUAUAUAAAAUGUUGGCUCUUAAUAAAUACACUGAAUAAAUCAUA